CACAGACACCUCUUAUCGAAGGUGUGUCCCGUUAUCUGGCACCGACACAACACCAACAUCUUGAUUACAUUCAAUUAAUUCAUUCUCUCAAAUUAUUAUCGGUGUCGGCCUGUCAGUGUCGUGUGCAAUGUUUAUGUUAAUAUCUGUGCUUCAUAGCUAGUGAGUUUGCUUGUAAAAUAUGAGUUUAAUAUCUCAAAAUGCUCGCCCUAAAAUUGAGACGAAAAGGGAGGAUGAUGUUCAAGAAAAAGAGGUUGAAGAUGGGAAAGAGGGUGAUGUUGAUACCCUUGAAGUGAAAAAGAGGAAGCGAGAUGGGAAGGGAGAACAGUUGGCGACGGAACAAGUCAAAGAAAUGAAAAGGCUGGAGAACUUUUUGUUUGGGUCUCUGUAUUCUCCUCUUGAAUUUGGCAAGGGGGAUAAUAAUGAAGUCGAAGCUGAGACUGAUGCAAAGGCUUCUGAUUUGUUUUUCACGGACCGUUCAGCAGAUAGUGUCAUCUCUGUUUACCAAGAAGAUGCUGAUUUCUCGGAUGGAAGUUGCGAUGAUGAUGAUGCUUUGAAAAGAAAGCCAGUGUGGGUGGAUGAGGAAGAAGAAAAAGUCACUGUAAACAUAGCCAAGGUCAACAGAUUAAGGAAGUUGAGGAAGGAAGAGGAUGAGAAUGUGAUAUCUGGUUCAGAGUAUGUGUCAAGAUUGAGGGCUCAACAUGUAAAGCUCAACCGAGGAACUGACUGGGCGCAGCUUGAUUCAGGGUCAAAAAUUGAUGAUUCUUCUGAUGAUGAGUUGACAGAUGAUGAAAAUAAAGCUGUUGUGAGCCGAGGUUAUGAGGAUGUGGAUGAUAUUCUCAGAACAAAUGAAGACCUGGUUGUGAAGAGUAGCUCAAAACUGUUGCCAGGACAUAUUGAAUACUCGAGACUUGUAGAUGCAAAUAUACAGGAUCCAUCUAAUGGUCCCAUAAAUUCGGUUCAGUUUCAUCGAAAUGGUCAGCUCCUUCUCGCUACUGGAUUAGACAAGAAGCUUAGAUUUUUUCAAAUUGAUGGAAAACGGAAUACCAAAAUUCAAAGCAUCUUCCUUGAAGAUUGCCCCAUUCGAAAAGCAUCUUUCUUGCCCGAUGGGUCUCAGGUGAUUCUAUCAGGAAGAAGGAAGUUCUUUUAUAGUCUUGAUUUGGUUAAGGCUAGAGUUGAUAAAAUUGGUCCUCUGUUGGGUAGGGAAGAGAAGAGUUUGGAAUUUUUUGAGGUCUCUCCUGAUUCUCAAAUGAUAGCCUUUGUGGGUAAUGAAGGUUAUAUUUUACUGGUUUCAACAAAAUCAAAGCAAUUAGUCGGUACUCUGAAGAUGAACGGAACAGUUCGUUCGUUAGCUUUUACUGAGGAUGGACAAAAGUUGUUGAGCGCUGGUGGUGAUGGUCAUGUUUACCAUUGGGAUCUGAGAACAAGGACUUGUAUGCACAAAGGUGUAGAUGAAGGCUGCAUUAACAGCACAGCCCUUUGUACUUCUCCAUUAGGGACACAUUUUGCAGCUGGUUCAGACAGUGGGGUUGUGAACAUUUACAAUAGAGAGGAAUUUCUUGGAGGGAAGAGAAAGCCUAUCAAGACCAUUGACAAUCUGACUGCUAAAGUGGAUUUCAUGAAAUUCAACCAUGACUCUCAAAUACUAGCAAUCUGUUCAAGCAUGAAAAAAAGCAGUUUGAAAUUAAUACACGUCCCAUCUUAUACUGUGUUCUCUAACUGGCCGGCGCCGAAUACGAGCCUUCAUUAUCCCCGUUGUAUUGAUUUUAGUCCAGGUGGUGGUUUUAUGGCUGUAGGAAAUGCUUCAGGCAAAGUGUUAUUGUAUAAGUUGCACCAUUAUCACCAUGCCUAAGGUAUUCGAAAUACUGGCAGGGUUUUUGUGACAUUUUUUUGUUGGGUCUGUUGUGGAAUUUUUGAGACUUAGAGUUGUAUUUUAUCAUUAUAAUUUAUCAACAUUAUUGAUGAAGCUUCAUGUUUCUGCUUCAAAAUUGAAGUAACCAAAGCUUCACGUGUUGUCUUAUACUAGUAUUUUCUUACACCUGACUCUACUUGGAUAUGAAAUGCACUUACUUUUGAUA